AUGACCCGUUGGGAUGAGGUCACUGCCAAUACAAUUCGCAAUUGUUGGUACCAUACGAAAAUUCUUCCUACAGAUACCAAUGCUGUACUACAAAAUCUCUUAGAUGAUAUUCCUCUAACUGUGAAUGCGGAGCUUGAUGAUCUUGACAACGAACUUGAAGCACUUCAUAAUUAUCUUACCUACCCAAUGAAGGCUAAAGAGCUUUUGUCUAUUCCUGAGGAAGACGUUGUUUAUGAGAUCCCCGAUAAUGAUCAAGUUAUUGUAGAUAUCGUAAAUACAUUCAGAACGCCUGAUCAAACUACUAACGACCCCGAGGAAGAAAAUGAUGACAAUGACGAUAGUACAGCAAUCCCAGUAAUCAGCACUGAG